AUCAGUAAAGUUCAAGCUAAAGACUAAAAAUGAACAAUCUAAUCAUUGCCUUGGUUCUUGGAUUAACAGCAAUUGUUGCUGCUCAGACAACACACGAUCCAAAUUAUUGCUACUCAUUUGAUUCUGUAAGAUCUCAACAGGCAAGAUGGGCAGACAGAACAUCAAAUAAUGAUGCUCGUGGCGAUUCAGUUAAUCCAAAUGUUUCAUCAUGCACGCCAGCAAGAUUUUGGCUAUACAUGAGACAUGGUGAUCGAUUGCCAAGUACUAAUGACAUCAAUAGAAUGAUUCCAUUCUCAACUACUCAAUACAACAAUAUUAUCAAUGCCUAUAACCAAGGAAGAAGUUUCCUCUGUCAUCCAGAUUUUGUUACUACUAAUACAUGGUCAUGGGAUCCAAAUAUUACAGUUUCAAUAGAACAAUUUUUGACUGUGUCUGGAUGGAAUAUGGUUCGAAAUAUUGCAAGUCGUUAUCAAGCAGCAUUUCCAACUAUUUUACCAAGAACUUAUGACAGAAGUCGCUUCAUCUUCCGUCAUACAGAUCGUCAAAGAACUCAAGCAACUGUUCGUGCCUUUUCUGAUGGACUUUUUGGCGAGAAUGCUUACAGAAAUGUUGUUUUCACCGAACCACCAACACCAGAUCCACUUUUGAGACCUCAUGAUAACUGUCCAUUGUAUGAUACAGCUAGUAACACAGAAGUAGAACGUGCAAGAUGGCAAAACACAGCAGAAUUUCAGACAACUUUAACUCAAAUCAACGAUAAAUUAGGAUUAACUGGAGGUCAACGAUUGACAGCUCGUCAAACCCGUACUAUGUGGGAACUUUGUCAAUUCCAUCAACUUUGGGAACCUCAUAUUGAUGCACCCUUCUGUGGUGCAAUCAGCCCUUUCAAUAAUUUAAGGCUUGAAUAUUUUGAGGAUAUUGAUGAAUACUACACAUCAGGCUAUGGAUUAAAUCCAGUUAGACUAGCUGAAAAUUUGAACUGUCCAUUAAUGCAAGACUUGUUGACUUUCUUGACAUCAAAUGAUCCAAAUGAUGAAACAGUUAAAAUUUACAGUACACAUCAAACAGCUUUCCAAUUGUUCUUAGUAUCACUUGGAGUCUUUAGAGAUACAACUCCAAUCACAGCUGAUAAUUUUGCUCAACAAGCUAACCGAUUGUGGAGAACAUCAGUUAUAUCACCAAUGGCCACAAACAUUGCUGUAGUUCGGUAUAAUUGUGCAUCAGGUGGAGAUGAUGUCUUAUUCCUUAUGAACGAAAGACCAUUAGUCCUUCCAGGAUGUCAAUCAAAUGGUUUAUGCAAAGUUAGUCAUGUUGUAACACUUUACAGCAGAUUCAUUAAUGCAAACUGUGAUACUUUAUCAUGCAGCGCCAAUUAAAAUAUUUAUUAAGACUGUGAAUUGAAAUACCUAAU